AUGCAGGCAGAAUACCUAAAAACCGAUCCCUGUCCGUCCUGGGAUCCAGUUCGUAUCAGAUAUCCAGUCAGAAAGUUUCCUGAAACAGGAGAGUCCAGCGAAACCAUUGGCAGGAGAUGGAGGAGUCAGCCGGAGACAAUGAUGUUCGGGAAAGCACCUAUAGAAGAAAUCAAGAACUACAUGAGAGACUACAUCAUAACUAAAGAGCUGACACAGUCGCAAAGUACGAAGGACUUCGGACGCAAAGCGCCGGAGACGAAGAGGUUCAACAAACACACUUCUUGUACCGAGAAUGAGUACAUCUACCCUCUUAGCAGAAGACUCGAAGAAAGAGUACCACUAUGUUCUGCGCAUGCGACUUCGGUGAUGAAAACCUCUUACCCUCCACCCACCACCCCUCCAAGAUUGGUGACCGACAAGGAUCAGUUCAAGCAUCCUGCCAGCUUAACACCAGACCCACUAGAGAUCGAGCCCAGCUGGCACAAAGAACUAGAACCUCUAGACACGACACACGAAGGCUUCGAAAAAUACCUGGAUCCCUACCUGACUACCAGUCGCUUGCACCACCGGCCGUUCACUGCUGAUCAGCUCAGUAAGCUAUCAGCUUCGAAUGACAUCAUCACUUAUUACACGUUUUCUGAAGAUCCAUGGAUCAGAAGACCGAAGCACAAGUCAGAGGAAUGGAGACUGCCUCUCAGCAAACAGAAGUCUAUCUACGAUAGAGAGAAGUUCAAAGAGGGUUUUAGGGAAAUCCGCACACACAAUAAUCCGCAAUGGGUACCAGGCACAUUCCGCACAGAAGUACGAGACAACUAUCGCCCUCAGUCAGUCAGGAUGCUAUCCCACGUGGAACAUCUAGAAGAAGACGUGAGGAACUACUACCAUCGCUUAGUAGCUGGUCUGCCAACUAACGCUCCUGCAGAAUAUACCGCUACCUUGAAGAACUAUAGAUCGGAGACCACGCACAUGGGGACAGGCAGGCCUAUAUGCUCGGCUUUGGACCAACAUGUGGAGAAGAAUAUUAGGUUGGAAAGAAGGAGUAUGGCACGAUAA